AUGGAGAGGGGGAUGGGGGUGCUGCUGUGGGCGGUGCUGCUGGGCUUGUGGGGCAGCUCUCUGGGUGCAGUUCUGUACCGGCUGCAGGAGGAGCAGCCUCCCAGCACACUGAUCGGCAGCCUGGCCGCAGACCAAGGCCUCCCAGACUCCGGACACCUGUACAAGCUAGAGGUGGGCGCCCCCUACCUGCGGGUGGAUGGUAAAACCGGAGACAUCUUCACCACGGAGACGCCCAUAGACAGAGAGUCUCUGAGGGACUGUCGCAGUGUUCUGAAAGCAGAACCCUGCUUCCUGGAGUUUGAGGUGUCCAUCACCGAUCUAAACCAGAACCAGAGCCCACGGCUGAUUGAGGGCCGCAUCGAGGUUCUGGACAUGAACGACAACACGCCCCAGUUCCCCUCCCCUAUUCUGACGCUGUCCAUUCCUGAGAACACCCACAGUGGGGCGCUGUUUCCCAUCCCGCUGGCCUCCGACCGUGAUGCGGACAUGAACGGGGUGGCGGAUUACUCUCUGACCACUGGGCCAGAUGCACUGGCCCUGUUCGGCCUGCAGGUGGCAGAGGACCGUGGAGAGAAGCUGCCACAGCUGGUGGUUCUGGGCAGUCUGGACCGGGAGCAGAAGGACUCGUAUGACCUCAGCAUUAAAGUGGUGGAUGGAGGGGCGCCUCCCCGCUACAGCAGUGCCCUGCUCAGGGUCCUCAUUACUGAUGCCAACGACAACGCACCACGCUUUGAACAGCCGAUGUACGAAGCUGAGCUGUCUGAGAACAGCCCUGUGGGGCACUCCGUGCUUCAGGUGAGGGCUGAUGACUCGGACAUGGGGCCGAAUGGAGAGAUUGAGUACAUGCUGCACCAGGCCACUGACGCCACCCAGAGGCUGCUACGCAUCGACCGCUCCUCUGGCAUCAUCUUUGUCCGCGGGCACGUUGACCGCGAGGAGUUCAGCUCCAUGAAGUUUUACGUGGUCGCUAGAGACAAGGGAUCUAUGCCUAAGAGCUCUAAAGUCUUUGUUGCCAUUAAUAUAAAGGACCAGAAUGACAAUGCCCCCACAAUCGAGAUCAGAGGGAUCGGGUUGGUGACACACCAGGACGGGGUGGCCAACAUCUCUGAGGACAUGCCCAUCGGCACUGCAGUGGCCUUAGUCCAGGUGUCUGACCGGGAUGAGGGGGAGAACGCCGUCGUCACCUGUGUGGUGGCGAGGGAUGUCCCGUUCCAGCUCAGACCCGCGGGGGACCCGCCCAGCGAUCACAAGCGCAAGUACUUCCUCCAGACCACGGCCCCUCUGGACUAUGAACUUGUGAAGGAUUAUCGGGUUGAGAUUGUGGCUGUGGACUCAGGCAACCCUGCUCUCUCCAGCACAAACUCUCUGAAAGUGCAGGUGACCGAUGUGAAUGACAACUCCCCAGUCUUUUCCUCUACGCAGCUGGAGGUGGAUUUUGCUGAGGAGAACCAGCCGGGGGACCGGGUGCUGGACAUGGUGGCCACCGAUGCUGACAGCGGCAGCAAUGCGGAGCUGACCUACAGCCUCAUCAUGGCCGACUCUUCCGCUAAAGGGCUGUUUCAGAUCGAUGCUGACACAGGGGAGGUGCGUGUGAGGAGUCCGCUUGACCGGGAGCAUCGGGAUCGAUACCAGUUCCACAUCGCUGCCACUGAUAAGGGUGUUCCCAGCCACCGAGGCACGGCUGCCGUGCUGGUCAGGGUGCUGGACCGGAACGACAACGACCCCAAAUUCAUGCUGAGCACCUACAGCUUCUCUGUGCUUGAGAACAUGCCCCCCCUCAGCCCCGUUGGCAUGGUGACUGUCACGGACGCUGACAAAGGGGAGAACGCCCGGGUCCGUCUCACCGCCGAGUCUGACGACGGGAAAUUUGUGAUCCAGAACGGCAGCGGCACCAUCCUCUCCAGCAUCUCUUUUGACCGCGAGAAGGAGAGUACGUACACCUUCCGCCUGAAGGCUGUGGACAGUGGAGAUCCACCCAGGUCCUCCUUUGUUGGAGUGACUAUCAAUGUGCUGGAUGAAAAUGACAAUGCCCCCUACAUCACCAAGCCCUCAAACUCCUCCUAUAAAUGCCUUUCCCCUCAGACACGACCAGACAGCCAUGUGCACCAGGUGGAGGCGGAAGACAUGGACAUCGGCCCCAAUGCGGAGCUGAGCUACAGCAUCACGAGCGGGAACCCCCACGGCCUGUUCCGCAUCUCCCCCACUGAUGGGGAAAUCACCCUGGCCAAGGAGAUUUCCCAGGGCCACAAGGGCCUCCACAGGUUGGUGGUGAGGGUCAGUGACAAGGGAAAGCCCCAAAGACAUACCACGGCCCUGGUGCACAUCUAUGUGAAUGAGACCAUAGGAAACGUCACCCUGCUGGAGUCCCUGGUGGGACACAGCCUGUACACCCCUCUGGAAACGGACAUUGCUGGGGAGCCCGACCAUGGCCUGGCCUCUCAGCACAGCAACGUCCUGUAUGGCAGCCUGGCCGGCCUCACCGGGGUCAUCUUCAUCAUCAUUGUGGUUGUGGUGGUGCGCCACCACCUGCAGCAGGACGGGAAGAGCGGCUACCAGGCUGGGAAGAAAGAAAGUAAAGACCCCUACACCCCAAAACAGGCCCCCAAACACAAGAGGGGCAGGAAGGGGAAGAAGAGUGGGUCCAGCAAGCAGGCCACACCCUUAGAGGAAGAUGAAGAGGAAGGCACCAGCCUGGAUGGUGUCAGCGUCAGUCCCAGGAUCCACUUGCCCCUGAAUUACCCCCCAAGCAGCCCUGACCUGGGCCGCCACUACCGUUCAAACUCCCCUCUACCCUCCAUCCAGCUGCAGCCUCAGUCACCCUCCACCUCCACCUCCACCAAACAUCAGGUGGUGCAGGACCUCCCCGCUACCAACACCUUCGUCAGCACGGGAGACGAGAACUCCAUCAGCUCAGACCAGUACUCCGACCAGAGCUACAAACCCAACCCUCUGAAGUAUGGCAGCCGGCAGCUUCCUCAUCGGCGAGUGACAUUCUCCACUGCCAAUCAGACUCCAGACCUGCAGGAUCCCGCCCCUAGCCUGUAUGACAGUGGUCUGGAGGAGUCUGAGACACCCAGCAGUAAGUCCUCCUGUGGCCCCCGCAUCGGGCCCCUGGCCGUGCCCGAGGAGCAUUACGAGAGGACCACGCCUGACGGCAGCAUCGGCGAGAUCCAGCACCCCGAGAGCGAUGUGCGGUCUCUGCCCGAUGUUGCCAUGACGGGGAACUGCACUCCAGAGUGCACUGAGUUCGGCCAUUCAGACACCUGCUGGAUGCCCGGCCAGUCGUCCCCGACACGCAAGACCAAGAGUGCCCCAAAGCUCUCAACAUUCGUGCCUUACCAGGAGAGAGGAGGCCCACAGCCGCUGGCCAACGGCUGCCCGGGGGGCGAGGAGGAGCAGAGCCCUGUUCCUCUGGCUGCCCACAGUGCCUUCAGCAAGGACACACCCGCCCGGCACACCUCCAAGCGUGAGAUCUACCUGUGA